AGAUCUGUGCUGCAUACCCAGCUGACACCAAUGAAAGAAAGUCAAAGCCAGCACCAUGCCUGGUCUCAUUAACAAGGAGAACCGGAGCGCCCUGCCGCUCAGCGUCUCUGACAUCACUUCCUGUGUCAGGGGUUACACUCUGGCUCUGACCGCAUCCAUGACUUACGAAAAUAUUGAGGAUCAUGCAAUCGAAGGGAUCUUCAUUUAUCCACUGGAGGAAAAUUCCAUCGUUGUCGGAUUCGAGGCUAUGAUAUCCAGUCAGAUCAUAACGCUGCAAAUCAAAGACAAGGCCAAGAUCGACGACUGUUAUCUGGAUUGCUGCAACACGUCAAACGGAGUGCUUCACAGCGGCAGCGGACACAUCGUGAUGGACGAAGACUUUGAGAGGACGGUGUUGGUGGUUAAUCUGGGGAUCAUCCCUCCAAUGGAGACGGUCCACAUUCUGGUGAGCACCUCCUCCGAGCUCUCCACCCUGCCCAGCGGGGGCAUCAGGGUUUCGUCGCCACGGGUUUGCACGCCGCGGGUGCAGAGGAGCAUCAACGAGGAGCAGGGCCUGUCCCCAAACUUCUCCAGAACGCGGGACAGACAAACCUAUGGCUCAAAUCUGCACGAUCAGUCGCUCAGCUCCCCUCAGCUGUGGUUGGCUUCACUGCUGGAGGUCGAGUCCAUCAACUCUAUGGACUAUGAGUUUAACUUCCAGCUUGAGAUUCGGGCUCCUUAUCUACUCGCUGGUGUGGAGAGCCCUUCUCACGCCAUCCGAGCCGACGCCGACCCUCUGGCUCGCUCCGCCACCAGCGUUGUCAUCACCCUGGCGGACAAGUACACUUACGACUACCCCGUCAACAUCCUCAUUUAUCCCAGCGAGCCGCACCUGCCCCAUGUGCUCGUGGAGAACGGCGACAUGACGCAGGAAGAGUACGACGAGUACCUGCACGGGCGCAACGAUUUCAUCAAGGCCACCAAGAAGGACUCCAGCAAUGAGAGGAAAGUAGGUGUAAUUCACCGGAGACUCCAUAAGGACAUCCUCCACAAUCCCGUGGUCAUGCUGAACUUCUGCCCUGACCUCAAAUCCGUGUGCUCCGACCUGAGGAAGGUUCACGGUGAAUUCAUAUUCCUCAUUGACCGCAGCGGCAGCAUGAGCGGGGUCAACAUCAACCGUGUGAAGGAUGCCAUGGUCGUUCUUCUGAAGAGUUUGGUGCCUGGUUGUCUUUUCAACGUGAUUGGCUUCGGAUCCACGUUCAAAUCACUGUUCUCAACCAGCCAGAACUAUGAGGAGGACGCCCUGGCCUUGGCCUGUGAGCAUGUCCGGAAGAUCAGGGCCGACAUGGGGGGCACCAACAUCCUGACCCCUCUCACCUGGAUCCUGAGGCAGCCCAUGUUCAGCGGCCACCCCCGCCUCCUCUUCCUGCUCACAGACGGCGCCGUCAGCAACACGGGAAAAGUUAUCGAGCUGGUGCGCAGCCACGCACGCUACAUCAGAUGCUUUACGUUCGGCAUCGGUCAGAGUGCCUGCCGGAGGCUGGUGCAGGGAUUGGCAACAGUUUCCAAAGGAACGGCCGAGUUUCUGGCUGACGGCGAGAGACUGCAGCCCAAGAUGAUAAAGUCCCUGAAAAAAACCAUGGCUCCGGUCCUCAGUGACAUUUCUAUCGAGUGGCUCUUUCCUGAGACCAAAGAAGUGCUGCUCUCCCCAGUGGGCAACACCUUCCUGUUUCCAGGGGACAGUCUGAUUGGUUACAGCGUGGUUUGUGACACCACCCGUUACCACGCCAACCCCAAAUCUGACAAGAGGAGGCGAUACAGCAUGAUGCGCUCCAUCGAGUCGGCCAGCUCGGUGUUUUAUCACUCCCAGGAAGAGGAUCCGGUGAAGGCAGGUGUGGACGGUCAGGGCUCCCAUAAGGAGGCCUCUUCUGAGGCACAGAGCGACUCCUGCCAGGACUCCAUGACAGACUGCAGCCCCCUCGCCACAGAGCACGACGCCAUGGGUUUAGAUAAGACAUCGCCCAGAAGACGUGCAUACAGCACCAACCAGAUAACCGAAUACAACCCGGCCAAGAAGGUCUACACUCCCAGUGACCCCAGCUCUGUGGCGCCCAAGAAUCCACUGAGGAGAGCCAAGGUCCAGGAGCUGAUCGGCCAGAUGAGCCCCGAACACGAGGCUCAGUGGAAGACCGACUACCAGCCGCAGCUGGCGAGCCUGUGCGCCGCCUCCUCCAGAGGGCGAUCGGCCAGCUGUCACCGAUCGCUCCCUCAGCAGGAGCUGCUCCUGCAGCAGGAGGCCGACCCGGACCAUCACUUCCAUCCCCAGCCGCGGGAAAACCCAGCGCCCUGCGACGCGGCGCGCAGCACUGCCGGCGACGAUGGAUCCAGAUCCACGUCCACAGAAAGCCCGUCUGUUGGCAGCGUUGGAGACACAGACGGUUACGCACACCAGCUAUGUCAAGCAGAAACCCCCCAGGAGCUUCAAACGUCAGACUCGGCCUCCAGCAAUCAGCACAGAGUCGACUGCAAGGCGGUGGUGAGCGGCCUGCUGUGCGGGAAGCCCAUGAAGUGGGAGGUGGCGUUCGACGUCGAGCCCUUUCUGAACGGCCGGGAAAAGGAGGAGAAAGUUCACGAGGAGCUCUGGAACGAGACCUUCCACCACCUGGCCGGACGCUCCAUCAUACAGGACUUCGAGCACAUGGCCGAGAAGGAGUGCGAGAUCGAGCACGGAUCUGGCAGGAAGUACCAGUUAUAUGCGAUUCACACCAGCAAAGCCUGCAAUAUUCUGAGCAAAUACACGGCGUUUGUUCCCAUUGACCUUGACACUAACGAGUAUUUGCAGACAUGUAUUGAAUACAUAAACCCCGUUGAAGGUCUGAAGAGAGGAUCGCACUCCAGGUCUCGUUCGGGGAGCAGGAAGAACAGAGGUUACUCCAUCGGACUGGGCCGCUCUCAGUCUGGCGGCAUGUCGGAGGAAGCUGAAGACGUCACGGUGCCCAACAACGGAGACGAUGGUGUUUCUCCGUGCAGCACCCCCUCCUCCUCCGGCUGGGAGAAAUGCACCUUUGCGGAGGUCUCCCAAAGGAGUCCAUCUGUGACCUCUGACCAGUCACAGAAAUCGGUGGAGAGCCUUUUUUCUGCCAGGCUGGCCCUCAGCAGGACUCGUCUUCUGACUCGAGCUGCCAAAGGCUUCAUGUGUCGAUCGCACAGCAAGUCCGGUGAUUCGCUGGGAGAGAGUGACAAUGAGAACAAAGACUACAUUCCUCUGGUUUUGUUGCAGCUGGCGUGUGGUGCGUUUCCUCUCGAUGCGGCCCUGUGCGAUGCCAUCAACGUGCCCAUGGACAAGCUGAAGUGGACGUCCCCCUUCACCAGCCACCGCACAAGCCUGGGCCACCUGUCCCACUCCGGCAGCCGCCGCGCCGACAGCGCCGACGACGGGUCCAGAUCGCCGUUCGAGACGGAAACGUGCCAUCAGGCCGCAGAGCACACCGCGAGCCCUUCUCACCAGUCCAGGAAUGCCUGGACGGACGCCGGCCCCUCCUCGUCGGCCAGUCCGUCCGCCGGGUCCGAGCCGCCGCCGCAGUCUCCGCACUCCCAGGGCGACGGCGCGCGCAGCUCCGGCUCGGGGAGCUCCGGUUCGGCGUCGCCCGGCGGCGCGCUGAAAAGGAUGCUGGAUCCAGAGAGCAUGCUGUGGGCCACAGCUGUGGCCCUGGCCUGGCUGGAGCACAGCUCCGCCAGCUAUUUCACCGAGUGGGAACUGGUCGCCGCGAAGGCCAGCAUGUGGCUGAGCGCGCAGGACAUCCCGGAGGGCCGGGACUUAGCCUCCGUCAAGGCCGCCGCCAAUCAGCUCUUCAUCAUUCUCAGACACUGGGAUGAAAACCUGCAACUGAACAUGCUGUGUUACAACCCGAACAGCGUCUGAGGCCGGGCGUCCGGGACACGCUCCUCAGUCCCAUAUGAUACUAUGCUAAGUGUGGCUGUAACUCGUCCCCGUUGAGCGGUUUGUCCUCUGGAGUCUGAUUUCGUCGUUGCCGUAGUGAAACUGUGUAUUCUCCUCUGUCGGUGUGCUGUUCCUCCAAACAUAUCACAGGCUCUUCAGCGGCAUCGUGUGUGAGCUGUUACCUCGCCGGUUGCCGUAUACAGUAGCCGGAUCCCCGCGGAUUCAUCAGCGUUAUGCCACAUGUGUGAGUUUUCCAAGGAGAAGAGUGUCACUGUUAGGAUCAGAGCAUGCUGGACCAAUGACCGUCGACAUCUGAAAAAAAAAAAAAAAAGCUAUUAAUGUCAUCAUAUUGAUGUUAUGAGUAGACUGCUGCAAAACAAUG